AGCCACACACUCAACAUGCCGCCACACCCGUAGUGCUCUAGAGGUUAUCCGAGCCGAGUCGGUGACGUAGAAUGCUCGCACGCAGACAGCUGUCGUCCUAACUGCGUCCCGAGUUCUCUGCAAAGCGUCAUCGAGCUCAUCGAGCUCAACAAGCCCCGACGCAGAAGACAGGUACACAUUGAAGUAAUUAUUUUCUUACCCAGGGGACUUUCUUAAUCUCCAUGUAAAAGAGGCAAGUCGCAACAGAUUCGAAACCGUUCAUUCUAUGUAUAUCGGGACGAGCAUGAGCUAGGUUAUUACAUGUUGGCAUCCAUCGUGGCUUAGAUGUGGCCGCUGACGACGCCUCGUUAUGACCUUGGCCGACAUGAACAAGCAAGCAAGAUAUAUUUCCAUCCAGCUUCCCUCCCUCCAUCUCCACCCCGUCACAUACACACACUUUACACCACAACCGCACUCCACCACCACCUCCUAAUAACCACACGAACGAAACCAUGUGCACCCCUUCCAGCACCGCCGCCUCGACCGCGCUCGUCAACCACAACGGAGAGAAGACACCGCUCACGGGCGCCACGAGCGUACUCGUUGGAAAGCCGCCGACGGCGGGCUGCUGGUGCGGCGACGAUUGCAGCUGCUGCGUGUAACUACUCCCUCUCCGCACUCCUUCCAUUCAACUCGAAGACAUGUGCUGACUGCGACUUGCGCGCUGUAGGAUUCCUUGUACCAUCAUGUAGCCGCGAAUCGGAAGAUUGGCUGAGGAUGGAGGAUGGUGAAUCGGAUGAUUUGUCUUGUGAUUUCUGGCCGGAGUUUUGUCAUUUGAUUUACUGUACAAUGAAUGGAGCAAGCGAGGUUUCUGUCUGUUUGAUGCGAUCCGGUGACGGUGUGAAAUAUGAUGCGCGUUGUGCUCUGUGGACUACACAUGGAAUUCCUCUAGAAACGGGACGUGAACUUUCGCUGUAGACACCACAUCCGUGACGGAAGUUGGACCCGCCCGUGAUGAUGAUGCAUAUGGUUGGAGCAGCGAUUCGCGCUGGCUCGCUAUGUGGCGCUACUUCUGGCGGCGGUGAGGGGCCGUCCGCCUCGGUCGCACGGGACCGAAUCGACAGGUGAA